AUGCACCGCAUCUUAUUCGCUCUCCUUCUCUGCGUCUCUCUAUCUCUCGCCUGUGAUCAAUGGCCAAACACCACAGAAACCAAAACAACUUGGUGGCAAUGUUCAUCAGGUCCAGCUCAAGUUGUAAAUGUUCAACCAACUGAUAAAUCAGGAAAAUAUGAAUAUCCGAUCAAAUUGACCGAGCCAUGCUUGAUUCAAACAACAUUGAAUAAUCCGAACACGGUGUAUUCGAGUCCUGGACUUAAGCAAACUAUUAAGGUUGCGUCGUGGAAUCAAUUUUCGUGCUCUUGGUCAAAUGUUCCAACUUUUGGAUUAUUGUGGGUUUUUAGGGGCUUGGGAAAACGUAUACGUCGAGCGAAAUUAAAAAAAUCAAUUUUGAGAUGUGAAUUUUUUGAAACGUAAAAAAUCUGGGAGGUUUUAUGAAAUUCUGUAUUAGGCUCGGGAAGGCUUAUAAAAGUUUCUUAGGCUUUGUUAGGCUCAUUAUGAGGAGGAAUUUUGAGUUUAACAUGAGCAAUGAAGAAAAUUUGAUUCAGAAUAUUGCUCAUACUAAAAAAAGCAAUCUUGUGAUAAAAAUUCAGAAAUUAAAGCCAAAAAUUGUGAUUUUUGAGAGAAAAUGAGCCCAGAAAAUUCUAAUUUCCCGCUAGAACACAGAAAUUUGCAAAAUUGCUUUAUUGAGAAUUUGACUAGUGUUGCUCAUAUUAAAGAGUUUAACAUGAGCAAUUAGGACAAUUUUUGACCCAUCAAAUGAAGUGUCAUUUUGAAGCUCUUUCAAUUUCCCAUCAAAAAAACCCCACAAAAAAACUCAAUUUUCUCUCUCUUCAGAACCGACAUCGACGCCUGCACCAACGGUGUCCCAUGUCCAAUCAAAACCGGCAACAAUCAAAUCGUCAAUCUCGAACUCGAUUUCUCCGACACUCCAGCCAUCAUCAACUUGCUUCACAACGAUAAACCAUAUCAAUUGACAUAUAUUCUUCAUGAUGAUGUUUCGAAAGAGGAGAUUUGUAUGAGUUUCCAAGCGAGAUGUUUGACCAAGUAA